UUAUUUCUACAAGACUAUUAAAGUGUUACGAAUAAAUCCACUAAGUCAACGGGCAUUAAAACAAUGAUACUUUUGGAUUUACAUGUACUCCUUUUUAUGUAUCUUUCUAUUAGUACUACUGUGUCACAGUGGUAUGGUCUAAGACAUGCUUCCCAUUUUACACCUAUCCGAUGUAAAGAACGGCGUGUUUAUAGUUUGCUUCAAUGUGCAGCACUUGGACGCGAGUCUAAAGAUGUGAGGUUUUUCUUUAACAUUGAAAAUAAAUAUUGCCAAUGGAACUGUACUUACAUAUAUAGAAAACAAACAAACGACAAAGAAUGGAAUCAUUAUGGGGUAGACGAAAAACGAAACGCGGCUUUGUUUCGACCAUGUAGUGCGUCCUCUGUUUUCAACAAUUUUCACCAUUUUUGGGGAACCACAUUUGCCACAGAUGGAGUGUACUUGAUAUUUGAGACUACACAGGUGUUUGCUAGUGGUUAUGAAAAUGCUCCAUGGCUUACGGUUAUUUUGGAGGGACCGCUAGUUAUAUCCUGUGUCCGUGUUUUCAACAGAUUAGACAGAGAUGGACAGAGGUUUCACGAUGUCGCUUUUGAGGUGUCAAAUGACGGAGUUUCUUUUAAACAGAGAGGGUUUUUCAAAGGACCAGGAAUGACUGAACAGGUGAUGGAGAUUCUGUUUGACUACCCGACGAUAGGGCAAUAUGUGAGACUUCAGAUCACUCAAGGUUCCAGCAAUAUUCUCAAUCUAGUUGAGAUUGAAAUCUACACAACAUAUUAGAUACUCUUAGUUUACAAAGAAUUCUAAAUCUUAUUCAUUUUAACUUAGGUUGCAAUUGCUUUAUUUGAAAAUGAAACGGCAGAUAAAAUGUGUACAUUACAUAGAAUGUUAAUAUAAUUGCGUGUUUUGAUGAAGCAGCUCAAAUAAUGCAGAGUGUAGUUGCAUUUACUAUGAUUAGCAAUAUUUCGUAGACGGACUCGUGUUAAGGUAUCCUUUUGAAACAUACAAAACUACUAUGCUCACCAAAAGGAACGAACUUCUGUAUUGGCCAA